AUGAGUUAUGCUCUAGACCCUGCACGGGCGCCGCAGUUCCUGGACACGAUGUUGCGCCGCAACCGCAUCGUGCUCAUCUCCGCCACCUACUGCCAGUUCUCUACCAAACUGAAAAUGUUGCUGAUUGAGCUGAAGCACCGCUUCGUCUCGCUGGAGAUCGACAUCAUCCCCAACGGGCGAGAGGUUUUCCAGGAAGUGGUGGGUCGCACCGGCGUUCACACAGUCCCGCAGGUGUUUCUCAACGGUAAGUACCUUGGCGGAUAUGACGACGUCGUCGCGCUCUAUCACAAGGGCGAGCUCUCCGAGGCGCUGGAGAAGCGGUGA